UGGAUGGCAGUCUCUUGUUCUCGGGUUUAUUGUUGGCUGUGGCCUCUCUGUUGGUGGGCACAAGCCAAGGGAGGCAGACGGAUGCUCUGAACCGACUUAUGAAGGCCAGGAGAGAAGGAAAGAUCGAUACAAGAAGUUGGGGGGUCGACAUAGACGCCAAAUUUCAUCAGCUUAACGAAGUUCUUUCUGAGAAGAAGGUUAACUACUCUCAAGAAGGGUUGAAGGAGAAGGACAGGGUGAAGAGGUUGCCAGGGCAACCAGAUGUGGAUUUUGAGCAGUAUGCUGGCUAUGUUACAGUCGAUGAAGAAGCAGGGAGGGCCUUCUUCUACUACUUUGUGGAAGCUGUUGGCUUCAAGAACCUGUCUAAACCCCUUCUACUUUGGCUUAAUGGAGGUCCUGGAUGCUCUUCUCUCGGUUAUGGCGCCAUGGAGGAACUGGGGCCGUUCAGAGUUGCCAGUGAUGGCCGGACGCUUUACAAGAACAAGUAUGCCUGGAACAAUGUGGCAAACGUUUUGUUCUUGGAGUCGCCAGCAGGAGUGGGCUUCUCUUACUCAAAUACUUCAGCAGAUUACAGCUCGAAUGGAGAUCAACAUACAGCUUUGGAUAAUUACGCUUUCCUUGUAAAUUGGUUGGAAAGGUUCCCGGAGUACAAGGAGAGGGACUUCUAUAUUGCAGGAGAGAGCUAUGCUGGGCAUUUUGUGCCUCAACUGGCUCAUGUCAUCCUCCAAAACAACAAGUGGCCCAAGAGAACCAUCACCAUCAAUCUCAAAGGAAUCACCAUUGGGAAUGGAGUGAUAAAUAAGUGGACAGACGACAAAGGCCGGUUUGACUAUCUGUGGACUCAUGCAUUGAUCUCGGACGAGACCGUAGACACGAUUCACAAGAACUGCUACCCUCCUCUCACAAAUCAGCAAAAGGACUUGUGCGACGAGGCAACUUCCACAGCAUUUGUUCUUGCAGUUAACGGCAUGGAUAUUUACAACAUCCAUGCUCCACUCUGCCAUGAUCAUUCCGGAAAGGGGCGCAGCAGCUCCUUGGAAAAUUUUGAUCCUUGCUCUAGCAAUUACAUCCUUAACUACCUGAACCAGCCAGAUGUUCAAGAAGCUCUUCAUGCAAAUGUGACGGGUAUCAAGUGGCCGUGGUAUUCCUGCAGUGACAAGAUUGGUAUAUGGGUUGAUUCGGCGGACACCCUACCUCUUUUUACGGAAUUCAUCGACAAUGGGCUCCGAGUUUGGAUCUACAGUGGGGACGUUGAUGGAAUGGUGCCCGUCACAUCCACAAAGUACUCUUUGGACGAGCUCAAAUGGCCAGUUGCAACCAAAUGGUACCCUUGGUCCUCCGGCAACGAGGUUGGAGGUUAUACUCUUGCUUAUCGGGGCAACUUCACAUUUGCCACGAUCAGGGGAGCAGGUCAUCAAGUUCCCAGUUAUCAGCCAGGCAGGGCUCUCUCUUACAUCAAGCAUUUCCUUCUAGGGGUUGCCCUCCCCACCUUUGAAGCCAUUCCUGAAGGUAUCGCGGCAAUGGGAAAAACCAUGGAAGUCAGUCUGGUUUCCAUGAUUUUGUUGUUGGCUUUGGCCUCUCUGUUGGUGGGCACCAGCCAAGGGAGGCAGACAGAUGCUCUGAACCGACUUAUGAAGGCCAUGAGAGAAGGGAAGGUCGAUACAAGAAGCUGGGGAGUCGAUAUAGACACUAAGUUUUAUCAGCUCAACGAAGUUCUUACUGAGAAGAAGGUUAACUACUCUCAAGAAGGGUUAAAGGAGAAGGACAGGGUAAAGAGGUUGCCAGGGCAACCGGAUGUGGAUUUUGAGCAGUAUGCUGGCUAUGUUACAGUUGAUCAAAAGGCAGGCAGGGCCUUCUUCUACUACUUUGUGGAAGCUGUUGGCGCCAAGAAUCAGUCUAAACCCCUUCUACUUUGGCUUAAUGGAGGUCCUGGAUGCUCUUCUCUCGGUUAUGGCGCCAUGGAGGAACUGGGACCGUUCAGAGUUGCCAGUGAUGGGCGAACUCUUUAUAAGAACGAGUAUGCCUGGAACAAUGUGGCGAACGUUUUGUUCUUGGAGUCGCCAGUAGGAGUGGGCUUCUCUUAUUCAAAUAAUACAAUAGAUUAUAUCAUCAAUGGAGAUAAACAAACUGCAUUGGAUAAUUAUGCUUUCCUCGUAAAUUGGUUGGAAAGGUUCCCGGAAUACAAGGAGAGGGAUUUCUAUAUUGCGGGAGAGAGCUAUGCGGGGCAUUACGUGCCUCAACUCGCUCAUAUCAUCCUCCAAAACAACAAGCGUCCCAACAGAACCAUCACCAUCAACCUCAAAGGGAUCACUAUUGGCAAUGGAGCGAUAAACGAACUGACAGAUGACAAAGGAAUGCAUGACUACUUUUGGAGUCAUGCAUUGAUCCCGGACGAGAUCAUACACACCAUCCACAAUAACUGCUACCCCCCUCACACAACUGAGCAGUAUGAUUUGUGCCAGAAAGCAAAGAAGGCAGCAUGGAGACUUGUAGGAGCCAUUGAUGUGUACAACAUCUAUGCUCCGUCAUGCCGUAUCAAUGCUUCCAAAAAGAAUCACCCCUCGGAAAAUUUUGAUCCUUGCUCUGAUAGUUACGUGCAAAACUACCUGAACCUACCAGAGGUUCAAACAGCACUUCAUGCAAACGUGACAGGUCUCAAAUACCCGUGGUCUGCAUGCAGCUCGACGAUUCAAUGGAGUGAUAGUGUAGAUACGCUACCUCUUUUCACAGAACUCAUGAAUACCAGCCUUAGAGUUUGGAUCUACAAUGGGGACGUGGAUGGAAGGGUGCCUGUCACAUCCACAAGGUAUUCUCUGAAGGAGCUCAAAUUGCCAAUUGCAACCAAGUGGUACCCCUGGGCCUUCCGUGAAGAGGUUGGUGGAUAUGCCUUUGCUUAUCAGGGCAAUCUAACAUUUGCGACAAUCAGGGGAGCAGGCCAUGAAGUGCCUAGUUAUCAACCAGGCAGGGCCCUAGCUUACAUAAAGUAUUUCCUUUCGGGGACAUCCCUCCCCAUCUUUCAUGUCCAUGUCUAGUUGGUGGUUCCAAUGCUUGCGUUCAAUCAUAUAUAUGUAAAACUAAGCCUGCCUUGGUUCUCCAUAAACAUUUAUUUUGGACAAAUUACAAGGCAUCGUUUGGUAAUUGGUUGUGCAUCAUUUGAAAUGAAAAAUGAGUGGCAAAAGGUUG